AUGCCGAAAAACAUUAUGUCAAUUUCCGCCCCGGAAGAUAUUGUCAACAACUUCGAAAAGAAGGUCUUUUGGUAUUUUCAGCUCGUUGGACAUCAGGAGCUCAAGAAGACUUGGGAUGUCACUGUAGAACAUUGCCAUCUCCGGAUUGAGUCCGUAGCUGAACGCCCUGAUGCCUCCGUGACCUACCGAUUCGUGGUGGCCCAAUCAAUGUGCGGCCCCCAACUGCAUCUUCAUGGAGGAUGUGCUGCUACUCUCGUCGACAAUCUUACGACCGUGCUGAUCAUCGCUGCGGCCACGCCGGGUCGAUUCUCGGACUCGGGCGUCAGUCGCAAUAUGCGCAUGACCUUCCUGCAUCCCCUUCCGCUAGGCGCCGAGGUCCGGGCGGUUUGCCGCAUGGUCAAUCUGGGAAGACGUAUGGCGUUGACAAGGGCUGACUUCUACGAUAUUGGAUCCGGGGAUCUCUGUGCCAUAGGCGUGCACGAAAAAGUCAAUAUGGACCGCGAGCAAGGAGGCAGGCUGUAG